AUGAGCGAAACAAAAAGAAUUGCAAUUGUCGGAAGCGGCAUUUCUGGCCUGGGGGCACUAUACACUCUUCGUGAAACUGGCCAUGACAUCCAUCUCUUCGAGACGAAUGACCGACUUGGGGGGCACACAAACACACUACCCUUCGAGCAUGAUGGCAAGUCGAUCAUGGUCGAUACUGGUUUCAUUGUCAUGAAUAAAGCAACGUACCCGAACUUCAUCCCGUUCUUGAAAGAGCUUGGUGUUGAAAUCGUGCCCACCGCGAUGACUUUUGGAAUCAGCCGCGAUUAUGGCGCAUUUGAAUGGUCGGGCACCUCUUUACGUUCAAUCUUCGCCCAACGCGAGAAUUUGUUCCGACCAAGGUUUUGGCGAAUGAUAUUUGACAUUGUGCGUUUCAAUCUUUUUGCGCUAGAUGUGCUCACUGAAGUGGACGGGACCUUGGCGAACCAGAAUGAAAUCAGCAUCGGCGAAUAUCUGGAUCGUGAGGGAUAUUCGGAUGCGUUUCGCGAUGAUUAUCUCAUCCCUAUGACAGCAUGCGUAUGGAGCACUGGGGAAGAUAAAUGCGCAUUGGAGUUCCCAGCAGUGACACUGAUUCGGUUCAUGUGGAAUCACCAUUUAUUGAGCACGAUUGCGAAACGGCCGGAUUGGCUUACGAUACCUGGAGGCUCGAAGAAAUAUAUUGACAGUCUCAUGAGAAACUUUCCAGCCGAGAACGUGCACCUGUCAAGCCGCGUAGAAACGCUGGAUAAUGAAAACGGACAAGUAAAGCUGUACCUCAAAAGCGGAAAGCAGCUUAUGUUUGACGAGGUUAUACUAGCAUGCCAUGGGGACCAGGCGUACGACAUUAUCAAAUCAUCCGCAUCUGAGCUGGAGCAUGACAUCUUGAAGAAUUUUGCAACAACAAAAAACAAGGUUUAUCUACAUUCAGACGUCUCGCUUCUUCCAAAACGCGAACUAGCAUGGUCGGCGUGGAAUUAUCUUACGACUUCCUCGUCAAAGAGGAACAAAAAAGACGUUAAUGGUGCUUCUCAAUCCGUGUCACUGACAUAUAACAUGAACAUUUUACAGCACAUCCCAGUCUCGAGGUACGGUCAUGUCCUUGUGACGAUGAAUCCCACGCAUGCUCCAGACCCGAAAUCUACGCAGGCAGAAGUUGAGUAUGAGCAUCCACUGUACAACGCAGCGGCCAUACGAUCCCAGUGCAGACUGGAUGAGAUACAAGGAAAGCGUGGCAUAUGGUACUGUGGGGCAUGGACCAAUUACGGCUUCCAUGAGGAUGGAUUCAGCAGUGGGAUGGAAGUUGCUCGAAGGCUGGGUGGAUCUGUGCCGUGGCAAGCAGCCGACGCAAAAUUUGUAAGAGGCCGCAAGCCUGUGCUCGGGUGGAAAGAUCAUCUGGCGAGAAUAGUCAUCUUUCUUAUUCAGCUCGCCAUCACACUUGUAGAAGUCUUCACAGCGUCUGCAAAUACGGCCUCUAAGAAGAGGAAGAUCCACUGA